GCUGAGGAGCCAGCUACAACAGUCUUAUUGGUCACUCAUCCUUCAGAGACCAGCCCAGCUCUUCCCUGGACAAGCCCCAGUGUUUCCCAUAGUGAAUUAGAUAGAACAUCCUCAGUGGUCACCAGUCCUGGGGCAAAACCAGUCCAGCUGUUCCAACUCCAACUGUCUCCGGUGGUGUACCGGGUAGGGUGACGUCACAGGUCACUAGCACUAAGACAGAUGCUAGUGUGGCUGUUCCAACUCUGACACUUUCUCCUGGUGAACCAGUGACCACAGCCUCGCUGGUCACUCAUCCUGGGGUGCAGACCAGUUCAGCAAGUCCAACUCCAACUGUCUCCUCUACUGUGCCAGGGCUGAUGACCUCACUGGUCACCAGUUCUGGGGCAGAGACCAGUACAACUUUUCCAAUUCCAACUGAUUCCCCACACAAAUCAGAGACAACAGCCUCAUGGGUCACCCAUUCCAAAGAGACUGUUUCUAGAACAACUCCAAGUUUUUCUCAUAGCAGAUCAGACACCAUGCCCUCAACUGCUACCAGUACUGAGGCAGAAGCCAGUUCAGCUGUUCCAACUCCAACUGUCUCCCCUGGUGGGCCACAUAUGGUGACCUCACUGGUCACUAGAUCUGCAGCAGACAUCAGUACAACUUUUAGAACUCUGACUGGUUCCACGCACAAACCAGAGACAACAGCCUCCUGGGUCACCCAUUCUGAGACAGAAGCCAGUUCAGCUAUUCUCGCAGUGACUGCUUCCCCUGGGAAGCCAGAGACAACAGUCUCAUUGGUCACCCAUCCUGAAGAGACCAGCCCAACUGUUCCCUGGACAACCCCCAGUGUUUCCCAUGGUGAGUCAGACACAACAUUCUCAACAGCCACUAGUCUUGAGGCCAAGGUCAGUUCAGCUGUCCCAGCUACAACUGUCCCCCCUGGUGUACCAGGGACGGUGACUUCACUGGUUACCGAUUCUGGGACAGAGACCAGUACAGCUUUUUCAACUCUGACUGGUUCCCCACGCGAACCAGAGACCACAGCCUCGUGGGUGACCCGUUCGGAGACAGAAGCCAGUUCAGCUUUUCCAAUGACGACCGUUUCUGCUGGGGAGCCAGAGACAACAGUCUUGUUGGUCACACAUCCUGCAGAGACCAGCCCAACUGUUCCCAGGACAACCGCCGGUGUUUCCCAUAGGGAAUCCGACUCCACAUUCUCCAUGGCCACCAGUCUUGGGGCAGAAGUCGGUUCAGCUGUUCCAACUCCUACUGUCUCCCCUGGGGUACCAGGGAUGGUGACCUCCUGGGCCACUAGUUCUGAGACAGGCGCCAGUACAGCUACUCUACCUCUGACUCUUUCUCCCGGUGAGCCAGCAGCCACGGCCUUACUGGCCACCCAUCCCAGGGCAGAGACAAGCACAGAAUUUCCUGCUUCGACUAUUUUUCCACAUUUACCGGAAACCACAGCCUCACCGUCCAUCCGACCUGGGUUGGAGACUGGUCCAGCUCUUCCAGUUUCUCUCAGUCCGCCAGAAACCACAGCCUCUCCCUUCAGCACGCCUGUGACCGGGACAGCCAGCGUUGAUCUGGGUCUGACUGUCUCGUCUGGUAUCCCUGCAGAAACAGCCUCACCCUCCACCCAUCCUGGGACACACAGCAGCACGGCUGUUUCAACUUCAGCUCUUCCCCAUGGCUUACAGCCCACCCGCCUGGCAGCAGGGGCCAGUACAAGCAUCCCAGCUCUGACUGUUUCCCCUGGCGUUCGGGGGCCUCCCAGCACCCCUGCGACAACUGUUGAGCCUCACACCGUAACUUCCUGGGGCACAGAACCCUCACCGUCUGCGACCUCAGCUGGACUCCCAGAAUCUCCCAAGACCGUUCCAGGGGGCACUGUGACCUUGAUGACAUCAGAGGCCUCGGCACCACCUAAAAUCAGUCACGGAGAAGGAUUAGGUACAACCACUAGCCUGAAAACCACCACUGUUGAGACCACGCAUCUAGCUGCCACACGUUCAGGCCCCACUGUGGCCGAGACCACAGCCACCUUCAGUCCGCUGGCUGGAAGUCCUUUUGUCCCUGUGACCACACCUGGAAUGUCCACCUUGGCCUCUGUGAGUGUGACGUCAGGAACAACUGCAGUUCCUUUCUUGAUGCCUUUCACUGUCAACUUCACCAUCACCAGCCUGCGCUACACGGAGGACAUGGGGAACUCAGAGUCUGAGAUAUUCGGAGCCACUGAGAGAGACCUGCAGCACCUGCUCAGGCUGUUGUUCAAAAACAGCAGCAUUGGUUCCCUGUAUGCUGGCUGCCGACUGGCCUUGCUCAGGGCUGAUGAAGACGGAGGAAGUACCAGAAUGGAUGCGGUCUGCACCUACCGCCCAGAUCCCACAGGCUUCAGGCUGGACAGAGAACGGCUGUACUGGGAGCUGAGCCAGCAGACCCGUGGUGUCACUAGGCUGGGCCCCUUCACCCUGGACAGGGACAGUCUGUACGUCAAUGGAUAUAACCAUCGGUCCUGGAUUCCCACCACUCGCACUCCAGUGACCACCACACUCUCUCCAGAACCCCCAGCAUCUCUGACCCCCGUCCCCAGCUCUACAGUUGCAGACAUGGGCCCAGCCCUGGUGCUGUUCACCCUUAAUUUCACCAUCACCAACCUGCUCUUUACCCCUGACAUGGGGCACCGAGUUUCUGCAAAGUUCAACUCCACGGAGAAGACCCUGAAUCACCUGCUUGGUCCUGUGUUCAGGAACACCAGCAUCAGCCCACUGUACACUGGCUGCAGGCUGACCCGACUCAGGACUGAGAAGGAUGGGGCAGCAACUGGAGUGGACGCCAUCUGCACCUACCAUCCUGACCCCUCGCGUCCUGGCCUGGACCGAGAAAAGUUGUACCAGGAGCUGAGUCAGCUGACUCAUGGCGUCGCCCGGCUGGGCACCUACACCCUGGACAGUAACACUCUCUAUGUCAACGGCUACCACCGUCAGUCCCGGCCCCCUACCACCAGCACUCCAGUGACUUCUACAUUCUCUCCAGAACCUUCCUCAUCUCUGGCCCUCAUCCUCAGCUCCACAGCAGCAGUCCCUUUCCUGGUGCCUUUCACUGUCAACUUCACCAUCACCAACCUGCACUACGAGGAGGACAUGCAGCUCCCAGGCUCCUGGAAAUUUAACGCCACGGAGAGGAUCCUGCAGGAGCUGCUCAAACCUGCGUUCAAGAACAGCAGUCUGGGAUUCCUCUACUCAGGCUGCGGACUAGCCUCGCUCAGGCCUGAAAAGGACGGGGCAGCCACCAGAGUGGACGCCAUCUGCAUGCAUCGCCCUGACCCUGAAGGCUCUGGGCUGGACAGAGAGCAGCUGUACUGGGAGCUGAGCCAGUGGACCCACAGCGUCACCCGGCUGGGCCCCUACAUGCUGGACCAGGACAGCCUCUAUGUCAAUGGUUUUACCCAUCAGAUCUCUGCACUCAGCACCAGCACUCCUGGGACCUCUGCAGGGGACCUGGGAACCUCUGGGACUCCGUUCUCCUCCUCCAGCCCCACAGCCACGAGCCCUACCCUGGUGCCGUUCACCCUCAAUAUGACCAUCACAAACCUGCAGUACACGCCAGACAUGGGGCGUCCAGGAUCUGCCAAGUUCAACAUGACGGAGGAGGUCCUGCGGCACACUCUUGGUUCUCUGCUCAAAAACACCAGUAUCGGCCCACUGCAUUCUGGCUGCAGACUGACUGCACUCAGGCCUGAGAAGAAUGGCUCAGCCACGGGAGUGGAUGCGGUCUGCACGCAUCGCCCUGAGCCCACAGGCCCCGGGCUGCACAGGGAGCGGCUGUACUGGGAGCUCAGCCUGCUGACCCAUGGUGUCACCCAGCUGGGCCUGUACACCCUGGACCAGGACAGUCUCUAUGUCAAUGGUUACACCCAUCAGACCUCAGCCACCACUCCCAACACUGCUGUGACCACCACACCCUUCCCGAUGUCCUCUCUGGCUCCACCCCGCAAGCCCACAGCUGCUGACCUUCACCUGGUGUCCUUCACCCUGAACUUCACCAUCACCAACGUGUACUACACAGAGGACCUGGGGCACCCAGCUUCUCUGAAGUUCAGCUCUACCGAGAGGAUCUUACAGCAGCAACUCAGGGCCUUGCUCAGUAAGACCAGUGUCGGCCCCCUUGACGCUGGCUGCAGGCUGGAGUCGCUCAGGCGUGAAAAGGGUGGAGCAGCCACUGGCGUGGACAUGGUCUGCACCUUGCACUCUGACCCCACGGCACCCGGGCUGGACAGAGAGCGGCUGUACUGGGAGCUGAGCCACAAGACCCACGGCGUCAGCCAGCUGGGCUCCUUCACCCUGGAUGGGGACAGCCUCUACGUCAACGGUUACACCUACGGACCCGCAGCCGCCGCCACCCCCACUGAAGAGGUCAGUAAGGAGCCAUUCACGCUGAACUUCACCAUCGACAACCUGCGCUUUUCGGCAGACAUGGGCCACCCCAGCUCCCUCAAGUUCAACAUCACAGACACCCUCAUGCAGCACCUGCUCAGCCCGUUGUUCCAGAGAAGCAGCCUGGGUGCCCGCUAUGCAGGCUGCAGAGUCACCUCGCUAAGGUCUGUGAAGAAUGGCGCCAAGACAGGGGUGGACAUCCUCUGCACCUACCAGCAGCCCUCCAGCAGCCCGGGUCUGCCUGCCAAGCAGGUGUUCCAUGAACUGAGCAGACAGACCCAUGGCAUCACCCGGCUGGGCCCCUAUUCUCUGGACAAGGACAGUCUCUACCUCAACGGUUAUCAUGAACGUGGUCCAGAUGAGCCUCCGACAACUCCUGAACCAUCCACCACGUUCCUGCCUACUUCAUCAUCACCUGUGCAACCAGAAUCCACCACAGCUGUGGGACACAACCUGAAGACCCUCACACUCAACUUCACCAUCUCCAACCUUCCAUAUUCAUCAGAUGCGAGCAGUGGCUCAGCCAUAUUCAACUCCACCGAAAGGGUCCUGCAGCGCCUGCUUGGCUCCUUGUUCCAGAAGACCAGCCUGGGCCCCUUCUACUCGGGUUGCAGCCUGAUCUCCCUCAAACCUGCGAAGGAUGGUGCAGCCACCAGCGUGCAUGCCGCCUGCACCUACCACCCUGACCCCUCGGGCCACAGGCUGGACAGAGAGCAGCUUUACUGGGAGCUGAACCAGCUGACCAGUGGUGUCACCCAGAUGGGCCUCUACACCCUGGUCAAGGACAGCCUCUUCGUCAAUGGCUAUGCGCCCCAGAGUUCCUCUAUCCAGAGUGAGUACCAGCUAAAUUUCCGCAUCGUCAACUGGAACCUCAGCAACCCAGACGCCACGUCCUCAGAGUACAUGGCCCUGCUGAGGGACAUCCAGGACAAGGUCACCACCCUCUACAGAAGCAGCCAGCUACAAGACAUAUUCCGCUUCUGCCUGGUCACCAACUUGACGUUGGAUUCCAUGUCGGUCACCAUCAAGGCACUGCUCUCCUCCAGCCGGGACCCUGGUGUGCUGAAGCAAGUGUUUCUAGACAAGACCCUGAAUGCCUCAUCCCACUGGUUGGGUGCCACCUACCAGCUGACAGAUGUGCAUGUGACAGAAGUAGAGCCAGUUCGUCUACCAACAGACCAACCAACAAGCAGUCCCAGCUUCCAGCACUUCCUGCUGAAUUUUACUGUCACCAACAUACUCUACUCCCAGGACAUAGCCCAGCCAGGCACCACCGAACACCAGCGGAAUAAGAGAAAUAUUGAGGAUGCGCUCAACUGGCUCUUCCGAAACAGCAGCAUUGAGAGUUAUUUUUCUGACUGUCAAGUCUUAGCAUUCAGAUCUGUCCCCCACAGCAACCACACUGGGGUGGACUCUGUGUGUAACUUCUCACCAUUGCCUCGGAGACUAGACAGUGUUACCAUCUAUGAGGAAUUCUUGCGGCUGACCAAGAACGGUACCCAGCUGCAGAAUUUUACCCUGGACAGGAGCAGUAUCCUUGUGGAUGGGUAUUCUCCCCAAAGGAACGAUGUCUUGACUGAGAAUUCUGACCUCCCCUUCUGGGCCAUCAUCCUCAUCUGCCUGGCGGGACUCCUGGUGCUCAUCACAUGCCUGAUCUGCUGUUUCCUGGUCACAGUCAGGCGGAAGCAGGAGGGAGACUAUGAGGUUCAGCAGCAAUGCCUGGGCUACUACCUGCCGCACCCGGACCUGAGGAAGCUACAAUGAUGACACCUGCCUGAGGCUCCCCCCACCUUUCCCAGUCAGGUUUCCAAGGGGCUUUGGCUGGACGAGAAAUAAACCACAUUGGUCAGACA